UUUUCAGCUGAAACUCUGAUGAGUCCGACAGAGUUUCCACCGGGCCGGUGAUUUGGUGCAAUGCGAACACUUAAACCGUUGAUUGUGCACGCUGUCAGAUAGACAGGCGGGAGCAGCAACCUCCCACUCCUCCUAUUGCUAUAACAACCACAGGGCGGUCGGUGUGACUCGAUGGCACACAGCGGCUCGGAUGCGACUGCCAAGUGUCAUCCUCCUGCCAGCAGCCCGACCUGAGCUCACCGCAUCGCCGCUUUGACACUGACUGAAUCCCUCCCGGGGAAGAAGAAGACGAAGAGGAGGAGGAGGAGGAGGAGGAAGGGGGACAGCCUUGUGUUUCCCCGUCACAGUGAUCUGAACAGUGGGGAAGCUCAGACUCGGGAUCCGCUACGUCAAACAGAUUAGUCAAAUAACCUCUCGGGGUAGGACAUACCUCCCUCCUUGGGCUUGCCUGGCUGCAUGCAUGCACUGAGGAAGCAAGACAGUCUGACAAAGAGCCAGGAAGCCCUCGGCGAAAUACAGAAGUGCACUACUUUUCUUUUUCUUUUUUCUUUCUGUGUCUGGGUGAGACGACAGUGGUGCUGGUGGUGGUGGUGAUCCUCCAGUUUCUUCUUCUUCUCCUCUCCCCACCCCUGGUGCGAAAUGGCGAAAGAAAACGGCGAGUCCAGCGAUGGAUCUUGGAAAAAGCAUGUCGAUGAUAUCAAGAAGAUAUUUGACUUCAAGGAAGUCCUUGGCACGGGCGCGUUCUCUGAGGUGGUGAUGGCUCGGGAGAAGACCACGGGAAAGAUGGUGGCAAUCAAGUGCAUCCCGAAAAAAGCGCUGAAGGGGAAGGAGUCGAGCAUCGAAAAUGAAAUCGCUGUGCUUAGGAAGAUAAAGCAUGAGAACAUUGUGGCUCUGGAGGACAUCUAUGAGAGCUCAAACCACCUGUACCUCAUAAUGCAGCUGGUGUCUGGAGGCGAGCUGUUCGAUCGCAUCGUGGAGAAAGGUUUCUACACAGAGAUGGACGCCAGUCGGCUCAUUCGGCAGGUUUUGGAUGCAGUCAACUAUCUGCACUCUAUGGGCAUCGUGCACAGAGACCUGAAGCCAGAGAACCUGCUGUAUUUCAGUCCCCACGAUGAAUCAAAGAUAAUGAUCAGUGACUUUGGCUUGUCAAAGAUGGAGGGAACAGGUGACGUGAUGGCAACCGCCUGUGGGACUCCAGGAUACGUGGCUCCUGAGGUUUUAGCUCAGAAGCCCUACAGUAAAGCUGUGGACUGCUGGUCUAUUGGGGUCAUCGCUUAUAUCCUGCUGUGUGGUUACCCUCCUUUCUAUGACGAGAAUGAUUCGAAGCUCUUUGAGCAGAUUCUCAAGGCAGACUAUGAGUUUGAUGCACCAUACUGGGAUGACAUAUCAGACUCAGCCAAAGACUUCAUCAGCUGCCUAAUGGAGAAGGACCCGGAGAAGAGAUUCGAAUGUGACCAGGCUCUUCAGCACCCUUGGAUUGCCGGAGACACAGCUCUCUGCAAGAACAUACAUGAAUCAGUCAGUCGACAGAUGCGGAAAAACUUUGCCAAAAGCAAAUGGAGGCAAGCCUUUAAUGCCACGGCUGUGAUCCGCCACAUGAGGCGCCUGCAGCUGGGCACCAGCUUUGGCAGCAACAUUCACAACAGCAACUCCAUGUCCAACCCUCAGAGCCGUGCUCCGGCCAAGAGCCAGUCUGUGGACUGCGCCCCACUCUCUCUGAAGGACUGUCCUCCAAUAGCACCUUUGCCCUCCACUGUUCAAGUGUACAGUCAGGACUCUGAUGCCUCCUCUCCUGUACGAGAAGAACCGUCUGUGGUGGCUGAGCCAUCGCGGCCACGACCCUCCACUGUUACGGUCAUCCACACUGGGACUAAAUGACGCCAGGUUCCGCGGGAGGUGAGCUGGGAGACCACCGAGCUUUGAGAGACGGGAUUCAAUAAUCCCGGGCCUCAAUGUCGUCGCCCAGUUUGCCCAUCCCGCAUCCUCCCAUCUGUUUCUGCUAACCACGGGGGGAAUUUGAGGAGCGUUGGCUCAGCUCCAUUUACCAUGGCUCAGCUAGGCACCCCGGCUGCUUCCCCCUGCCACUGUCACACCAGACCUGGAAGUACAGAGGGGGGAAGAUGCUCACCAGACGUUGUUAUUGUGGAAGCCAUGUUCAGGCUGGAUCAUGUUUGUGCAGCAGAUAAACAAGCAGCUGGGAAGUGCCACACUGAAGGGAACUCUUUAUUGAAGCUGCUAUCAGACUGUGAGCGUGUUGAGAGACGGACGCUCCACUGUAUGCCUUGUGUAAAUAUCCUGCGUGGAACUGUUGAGUGGAGUCGUGUUAUGCAAGUGAAAUAUAAGCUUCAAGCUGUGGUGAAAUAAUCGUGACAUCAUCUGCACUCUGAACUUCUUCUCGUUUCUAUGACAGCUCUUGUUAAUUUGCUGUGGUAUUUGCUACAGUGGCUCCCAACAGUGUGAUGGUAUGUGUUAUCUCUUUGCUUUAAAGUGUGCGGACGGGAAGUACGAGCAGGACAAUUGGCUUCAAUCACGGCAGUGAUUGCUGAGAGGGCUGGUGCUUUGCACUUAAUGUACUGGAUUAUUUAUUUUCUUACAAUCUAUAAUGACUUUUGUAAGAAAUGUGUAAAUGUGUUAUUAGACUGGACUGAGAAGCUUUUUGUUUGGAUGAGAAAGACGCAGUAUCUAAUAGAUGUUACUUUGUAAGUGCUGUUUUGUUUGAUGAGCUGAUUUUUUGACGUGACUGUGAAGUCCUCCAUGACCACAGGAGGGCAACCACGUGUUGUUGCUGUGUGACCAGUUCUCAGGGAUGUGCUCCAACAUGAAGCCAACCAAACCCCUCUCACUGCUGACAAGGACUGUGGCGGGGAAAUAGCUGAUAAGUAAAACCUCCAAAUAGUGUAUAUUACUCUUUGCCACCGGGACACUUUGACGGAUGCUUUCUUUCUUUAAAUCCAUCAUUACUGACAGUAUGAGUGAUAAAUCACACCGAAUGGAUUGUUUUUCCCUUUACAGGUCCAGUCUGUAGGAUUUAGGGGGAUGUGUUGGCAGGAAAUGGAAUAUAAUAUAAUAAAUGUUUUCUUUAGUGUAUAAUCACCUGAAAAUAAGAAUCAUAGUGUUUUCGUCACCUCAGAAUGAGCUGUUUAUAUCAACAUAAGCAGUGACUCUUCGUCAACGGAGAUUGCCAUGUUUCUACAGUAGCUCACAACGGACAAAUUAAACACUGGCUCUAGAUCGGGCCAUUCCAAAACCUCAUACCAAGUCAUCAAAUACCACUGCUUUGUCAGUGGAGCUACAUGCUAAUAUACGUGCUAGGUACCCUUUUACGUCAGUUUUAGACGUUCAGGGAUAGCAUUUCAAUUUAUGCUUCUUCAGGCCUGUGUCCACAUGGGGGGGGGGGUUUGGGUUGGGGGGGGGGUGCGUGUGUGUUUGUAGAAAAGCACAGGCAGGACACUGGGGAGUGCUUCAUCUCAGCGCUUCAUAAAAAUUAAUGACGUACUGCGUGUGGUUUUUGUUUCUAUGACAAGAAUAUCUUGACACUAACAUUAGCCAGGUAGCUAACAUAAUGCUACAUUAACAGAGGGUUGAAUACACUGUCAACAAACAGUGAUAAAAACACAACGCUCACCGGCAACAUCUGGUGUCCACUGACUGUUCUGCCCCCCAAAAAUGAGCUUUUCAGACUUUGUUGUGACAGUAGACAGUAGCCUAGCUAAAGAAGCAGCAGUGACGUCACUGGCGCCUUACCCAAAAGUGCAGAGAUUUUCAACUUAAAGCAUUUUGAGCGGCAGCACAAAAAAGGCAGAGCACUCUGAAAAAAGACACUGGGCGUGGCGCUUUUUCCCCAGGCGCCCACAUUAGGACACAUAUGCUCACUCCUCAUUGAGAAGAGUUAAAAAAAAAGAUGCUAUGUGGACACAGGCACUUAAGUGCAUUAUGUCCUGUUACAUUUCUAAAUAAACUUCAAUUACUUACAGGAAAUGUACAGUUUCUGCUCAUAACAUGCACACAGUCUUUUUAAAUUAACAACAUAUGCAAAAAAAAAAACUCUUUAGGUUUACUUCCUUUAGGUUUAGGUAACAAAAGCAUGUGAUUAGGGUUAGAAAAAACAUAAUGGUGUAGGUUUAGCAAGUACAGUUGUUACUAAUGUAAUGUCACAUUAUAUAUGUCACUAGCCUAGCAUGCUACACAUACUAGCACACUACUUUGUUAACAUAAUAACUCGAUUGACUUUUGGUUUCACACUGGAGAUAAACAGCAGGCUCCAGGGUGAAAGUCCAGAGUUUGUUUGACACAUCCACCUCCACUCCCGUCCGCCCUAUGUGGACUUUAUCGCUUUUUAUACUAUGGUAGUUGCCAGCAGCAUCACCUACUGCCACCACCCGGUGCAUAUUACACUGCUGCGAAGGGUGCCUCUGUGCUUUAGUGUCUGAUGCAGAGGUCCACUGACAAAGCGGUGGUAUUUGAUUGGUUUGGUUGUUGCCUGUUGCAUGAGAAACAGCCGCCAUUUGGCUCGUAUCAUACUACUGUGAAGGGUGCCUCUAUGUGUUUGUGUCAAAGACCAAGAUACGCUGAUAAAUGAUGGUAUUUGACGAGUGAGCAGAGAGAACGUGCUGACUAUUCGGGUUUUCACGUCAUUGGCAGCCCCUCUGCGACAAGCAGCAUCAAAAAACACUGAUUUUUUUUUCUUUACGGAAAACUGCUUUAUACAGUGUUUUUUCAGGGUUAAAUGACUGGGUCCGUUUGUUUUGGAAAGGAUGAGACCUGAGGAUAAUUUGGCUUCUGGCAAAAACCUCCUAAAGGUCUGGAUCUUACGUUAGCAGGGAAAAAAGGUGAGCACACAUUAACAUGUUCUUGGCUAGGGGCCCAACUCCCACAUGCUGAACAGUGCCAGAGAAGCUGAUUUGUAACAUGAAACUGUUUUAUUAAUUGUUUUUACCAGUUUAUAUCACCUGGUUCAUUUGUUUUGGAGGGAGAGACCUCUGUGGUAAAAACCUCCUGAACAAUGAACACUGAAGGAAUUCUAACCAGGAGAGGUUUAAGCUGGUUGCAAUCUGCAAUUCUCACUGCUAGAUGCCACAAAAUCCCCCUAAAUCUUCCACACUGUUCCUUUACAGAUAGUGUUCAUCAGUGAAGUGCACAUUCACAAAAAUGUAAAAUGACAAAUAAAUGAAAACGUAUCUCAAUAACGACUGCAGAAUCAGUCAGAUCAGUAGUGUACAGUCCAGUAGUCGUAAUAUCGUGCUCUGCUUCUGUGGCUGGUCUGAGAGCAGCUCACUCACUCUGUGUUUAACCACUGUGCUUUCAUACCACCCUGUUGAAUUUAGCAGAAACACUCUUCCUCCUCCCCUCUCCAGAGACUUUCACACAGAGAUGAGAAGGGAUCUGUCUUUGUAUUUUCUCUGUGGUACCUCUAUUUCAUUUUAACAUGAAUGAGCGAAAAGAGAACACUCUACCAGAACAUGUCCACUAUCGAGGACUCUGCCAUCUUGAAUCAUCUAAAAUGUUGUGGUGAAUACUGAAGUCUACUCACUGUAAAUACAAAUCUCAACAACACAGCUAGCUUGGGUCUUGAGUGUUUAUUUUGGUCUUCCCUAUA